AUGGACUUCGAUGAUCUUGCGAAGCAACAGUCAGAUCGGAUCUUUCAGGUGUGGAUACAGAACCUGCUUGGAAAUUCCCCGGAGACCUUGGCGGGCAAACUUGCUUCCCGGCAUUGCCCUGGCAGCACACCUGUUACGGCUUCGCGGCUCCCGAAUGGCGCCUUCAAUAUAUGUUACCGAGUCACUUUUGAAAACGACCAUCGAGUCGUGGUUCGCUUUGUUGGCCUUGGUCGAGUCAUUGCUCGCAAUGAAAAAGUCGAAGAUGAGGUUGCUCUCAUGCAAUACCUCGCCCAGCACACAGCAAUUCCUAUACCUGAUGUCUUGGGAUCGGGAAAGUGUGCUGUUGGCCCGUAUAUUGUGAUGGGUUUUGUGGAAGGAAAACCGCUGAGCGGAUACCUUACAGACGCGUCCCAGCCAACAGCCACGCUUAGCUCAGGUAUUUCCAUGUCUAUCUUGAGAAGAGCUUAUUCCAACAUGGCGAAAAUCCUAUUGGAGCUAUCUAAGCCCGAAUUUCCCUAUAUUGGGGCCAUCAGGCAGGACGAGUCAGGCGAAUGGACCGUGCAGAAGCGACCGCUCACUUUCAACAUAAAUCGGCUUGCUCAAUUCUCCAAUAUACCCCUCAAAGUCUUCGAACGAGGACGCUUCAGCGAUGCAGCAGACUAUUUCGAGGAGCUUGCUCGUCAUCAAUUUUACCAUCUUGAGCUACAACGAAAUGACGCAGUAACGGAUGAGGUUGAUUGCCGAAAGAAGUAUAUUGCGCGUUGCCUUUUUCGCAAACUGUCACGCGAGAUAUCCAAAGAACACUGCAGGGGUCCUUUCCGCCUUUACUGCGAUGAUCUGCGCCCGGAUAAUGUCCUCGUUGAUGCAUCGAGCCUUACUGUCACUGGUGUGGUUGACUGGGAGUUUGCCUAUGCUGCUCCUGUUGAAUUUACACUUGCUGCUCCUUGGUGGCUAUUGCUGGAAAGUCCAGAGGACUGGGAACCUGAUCUCGACCAAUUCUUGUUGCGAUUUAUGCCGAGGCUGCGCACGUUCCUUGAAGUUCUCAGUGAUUGUGAGGCCAAAAAAAUCCAAGAUGGAUCUUUAUCCGAAUCUCAGCGGCUAUCAACUGCUAUGGAGAAGUCGCUGGAGACCGGACUGUUUUGGGUUUGUCUCGCUUCACGUCACAGCUCUAUGUUCGAUGAGAUUUAUUGGAGUUUCAUUGAUUCAAGAUUUUAUGGUCCAUUUACAACGAUAGAGGAUCGACUUGGUCUGCUUAGUGCAGAAGAGCGGCUUAAAAUUGACGUCAUCGUGGAAAGUAAAAUGCGUCAGGCAAGCGAGGGCACUUUGGUUUCUCAUUAUAGCAUUGAUGAGUUAGUUGAUCUAUAA